UUAAAAAGAUGGUGUAAUUAAAAAUAAUUCCAAAUAGGUUUCUUGUUUAUGCUCAUUUCCAUCUUCUCUUACCAUUCCAUCUACCUUUUCACCCAAAACUCCAAAACCAUUCUCACUUUGCCAUCACCCAAGACCAUCCACCUUCCGGCAGCGUUUUCCGGCAACUCGGCACCGUCCUUCCUCCUUUCUCAAUCGUUUACUUCUGUUCGUCCAGGGCACCAAAUAUCUUAGGACCGGCCCAGCAUCCACUCUCAGAUGGGUACAGUGAAGGGUGUGAUAUUGGAUGAAUCAGCACUCUUGGUUGAAGGAAAUGAUGAUGAUAAAAAUGUAUCUUUGCUACAGCCAGGAGUCGAAUCUCUCAUACGAACCCUCUUUCUGUCUGGAAUUCGUAUUGGAAUUGCUUAUAGUGUCGAUCUCACGGAUGAUAAGGUCAGUAUUCUGAAAAGAAUAGCUAGUUUAUACUCACUUCAUUGUUUUAUCUUAAAUGAUCCUGUAAAUGAAGUUGUUAUGCCUGAAUGGUGUAAUGUUGAAACUGGAAGUGUUAUUUAUUUGGUUUCUAGCAAGAAGGAGUUGUGUUUAUCGAAAUUAAGAAGCUAUAAUUGGUUGAUUGUUGUUAGGAAUGUUGUUGGUUGUGAAAGUUCAUGUGAAUUUGACACUUCAAAUGUGGUUUGGAUUGAAAAUUUAGAGGAGUUUCCAUUGACAAUUUGUCGGUUGAAUAAGAGGUUUAGUGGAAACAAUGUUUUGACUGUUGGUUAUGUAAUGAAGCCUUCUCGUGUUGAAGAUUUUGCGAAGAGGGGUGUGUUUCCUUUGUGUCCUACACAAAAUGGGUUGAUGUUUGUGCCUCUUGUGUCAAAACUUCCUUUGUCAUCUCAAUUAAAGGAUGUUGACAUUGUCCUUCAUAAAGCUACUGAUGAAAUAUUAUCAAUUGAAGAGGACAAACUUACUUUUACCCAAAACAUGCAAGAACUGCAAAGAUAUUUGGAUCAGCAUCAGGAUUUAUGUGUGGUUGAUCCAUUGAAUAACAUUUAUCCGUUAUUGGAUCGACUAGAAAUUCAACAAGUUCUUCUUGGUUUGUUGGAACUGAAUAGUGAAGGCAGAUAUUUGAUCAGAGGGGCUCAUUUUCUUAAGGUUGAUAAUUUUAUUGAGUUUAAUUUUGCGACUGGAUUAGCUGAUGCUGGAUUGUCUCUUCCUUGUAUUGUGAAACCUAAAGUUGCUUGUGGUGUCAGUGAUGCUCAUAAGAUGGCAAUAGUUUUCAGAGUUGAUGAUUUUAAGAAUUUAAGUGUUCCUCUUCCAGCGGUUAUUCAGGAAUAUGUGGAUCAUUCGUCCACUUUGUACAAAUUUUAUGUGUUGGGCGAGAAAGUUUUCUAUGCCGUCAAAAAGUCGAUACCGAAUGCUGAUAUUUUGACAAAAUUCUCUAAUGGUGAUGAUCUCAAACCGCUAUUGUUUGAUAGCUUGAAAUCUCUACCCACCACCGAAAGCAUCAUUGUGGAUUCUGGAGUCGGUAACAAUGGUACAACAAGUAAUGUGCCUAUUGACCUUAAGCUGGUUACAGAUGCUGCGAAUUGGCUUAGGCGAAGGCUUCAUCUCACAGUCUUUGGUUUUGAUGUUGUAAUUCAGGAAGGAACUCAUGAUCAUGUAAUUGUGGAUGUAAACUACCUCCCAUCGUUUAAGGAAGUACCUGAUGAAAUUGCUAUCCCCGCCUUCUGGGAGGCCAUUAGAAAUAAGUUUGACAGUAAGUUGUCUAAAUAAGCUUGUUCUUGAACUUUGUGACUGACAUUUUGCCAUUGAUUGCAUCAGACCUUUGAUCAUGGCACCUGAUCUUAACAUGCUAGAAAUGAAGUUGAAUAACACAUUAUUGCAUGUUUGAAGUUUGAAUUACUCCACACUUGUUGGCUGUUAUUAAUCUAAUUUAAUGUAAUGCUUCUGCUAUUUGGCGUUA